AUGCCUGGAUCUACAGCUAAACCCUCGAGGAAGGUAGCUCACCGCCGACGUCAGGCACCACCUACUCGCUUAGAGCAUGUGACAGACAAACAGCGCGGGCGUCGACUGCAACUGAAGAACGAGCAAUGCUGGGUUGGGACUCUGAAGAAUUCAAGACGUUCGCCAUCUUCAGGUGAUCCUGGCGGACACGUCUAUCUUUAUUUUGUGAAUAGAGACCAGUAUUUUCUACAAGAUAAUAAGCUGGCGAAGAAGGUGCUUUUGGGUGGACUUAUCGAGCAGGUGGAUCUUGAUAAUAUCAAAGGUCUCACAAAAUCUGAUCGUCACCUGCUCAAAAUGGCCGCAAAACCAGAAUACGGUGCAAAGGACGAUGCUGUACUCCAUGGACGUCUCACUGCUUGGGAUUUUGCUUCCUGUUUGGCCGAGUGGUCGAACAACGACUCGAAUGAAGUUUUCGUGGACUUUGAAACCCUAGAUGAGAUUCAGAAUCCCGUGAAUCUCAACGUUCACCAUCACGAAGAGCUUGUCAAUCGGAGCGCAGACGAGCUGAAGGCAUACGACAAAAUCCUGAAAGAGCCUUUCUCACAGCGAACACAAAGCCUACGGAAUUGGUACGAGGGAUGCAUCAGAAGAAUUGAACAAGAGGAAUGCAAUUCGAACACGUCUGUACAGCCCCUUAACUUGAAUGCUGUCCAUGACGCAAUCGAAGCUGCAGCAAGUGUUCGGUUCUUUGGGGGUUCCUCUUUGAGGAUCUUGCGGCAGUUUCUUGAUAAAGGACUGGCUGGCAGAAUCAAAUGCCACUUGCAAGUGGGUUCCUGCGAUAUGUCGGCGAACCUAUUCGCAAAUCAGUUCAAUAUCGCCCUCAACCGAGAGGCUGCCAAAGCAGUGCUUAAUCGAUCAACAGAAUUCCUAAAGUUUACUGUCGUACCUUCACACACAGCGCAAAGUAUAAAAUACUCAGCACUAGGCCUGAAGAAUGUUGGAGGGCAUUGCCUAGAAAAGCGAAUCCUGGGCUUCAACUGCCGUGAGGACCCCCUCAAAAUCGUCGCAAACAACGUCUCCUUAGACGGACAAUACUCUGGCAAAGCGUAUCCGAUGCCCGACUUGACCGCGUUCUUAUGUGCGCUUAUUCCCAAAUAUAUGGAAGGUAUGGGGUUCAAAUUGAGAUUCAUAGAAGUCGAUGAGAAGGAUUCCAAUGGCGCACUUCUCUUUAGACGUUCUGAUAAGGGGAUUGAAAUGUACGACUGGAGUGAGAGCGACGAGGGGAAAACAUUGACGGAGACUGAGGUGACGGGAGUCUUUGAAGCAACAGCAAAAGGUGGAGAGCCGCUGGUGUAA